CAUAGAGGUAAUAUAUAUAAAUCUUUUUUUCAAAUUAAUAUUUUAUUUUUCAGGCUGUUUUUUUCACUAUGGACAAUGUAUAUGGCGUCAUAUACAAGAGAAUGGUUUAUCAACAAAAUAUGAUGAUGAUGAUAAUUUUAGAUUAAAUGUUAGAAAAUUAUUAUCAUUACCUUUUGUUCCAGCUUCAGAAGUGAUCGAAACGUUUGAAUUAAUUGCUGAUGAAUUCGAUGAUGAAGCUGACACUCUUGUUGAAUAUUAUGAAAAGACAUGGAUCGGGGAGAAGAAGAAACAAGGAGCUGGAAGAAAAAAACCAAAAUUUAAUAAUGAAUUAUGGCAUGUAUAUGAGCGUGUCAUUAAUGAUCUGCCAAGAUCAAAUAAUUCGGUAAUUAACGCGAAUAAAUCCCGAAAAAAUCAUCGAAAAUAA